CCACAAUCUUCUUCUUCACUCUUUUUUCGGCACAGGGAAAGAAUAACGGGAACUGGGUCGGUUUGGAAAUUAAACCUAACACGGGAGCAGGCGUGGAGCUGUGGUAACCUACUUCAAACAGGCUGGGAUCAUCUGUUUCCUGUGUUUUGCAGAAUGCAGAUAGGGAAGUAAUCAGUAGGGAACUGGAAUGAAAGAAGUGGCAGUGAGGACUUAGGGUACCCCCUUCUCUCCCGCUGGGUGUACUGAGUCAUCCCACUAUCUUUGUUAAAAGCUCAGCUGCUGUUUUUUAUGAGGACAGACUUAGUAAAGGUUGCACACACAACCACAUCUUUUAUUACCUAUUCUUCGUCUCCUGGGUCAGCGCAUAUCCUUUGGUAUUUUGGCAGAAACACCAGCACUUGCUAACAGGUUUAACAGACAGACUCACAAAUACGCUGUAGUGAAGUCAUGGCAAACAUGUGCCCGUAUGGCCGUUUCACCCACGCUGUGGUUCGUGGCAUCCCAGAGACCUUUGGGAAAUCAGUUGGAGACAGUCACGAGAAUGGGGAGACUUCAGUGGACCUGGCCAAAGCUCAGCGUCAGUUCGGCUGCCUGACAGGAGCCCUGAGGCAGAAGGUUGGGCUGCAGCUUAUUGAGAUCCCCCCUGACCCAGAGCUGCCGGAGAGCUGGAGGAUAGAGGAUGUGGCAGUGAUCCAGGGAGAUACAGCGCUCAUCACCAGACCCUUCAAACAGCAGAGACGCAGUGAGGUGGAGGCGGUGAGGAGAGUGAUGACAGAGUUGAAGCUGACCGUGGUGGAGAUGGGAGCUGAGGACGGGGAGUUUGGAGGGGCCACAUUGGAAGGCAGUGACGUCCUCUUCACAGGGAGGGAGUUCUUUGUGGGCAUUUCCUCGCACACCAACCGCAGAGGAGCCGAGGUGCUCGCAGACACCUUCAGGGACUUUGCUGUGUCCACUGUCCCGGUCUGUGGCGGAGCCCGACUGAAGAACAUCUGCUCCAUGGGAGGUCCAGACACGAUCAUCAUCAGCAACAGUGACGGGGCCAAGAAGACACUCCGGAUGAUGGAACAGCUGACUGAUCACCACUAUGAAGUGCUCACUGUCUCAGAAGAAUCGGCUGCAAACUGUAUCUAUAUCAAGGGUCCGUCUAAACGGGACUUCCUGCUGCACCGGCCUGUUGAUGAAUCUCCUGACAGUGUUUCAGCCUUCCAGAAGCUGCAGGACUACACCCUCCUGCCGACAGCCUGCAGCGAGGCCUCCAAACUGGGAGCAUCCCUGUCCUCCUUCUGCCUCCUCAUCAAUGGAAAGCACACAUAUUUCUGAAAACUCUGGCUAUGCUAACCAGUCACAUUCUUGUUUUUUUUUUUGUAAUUUUCUCUUUGCCACAGACAGCCGAAUCACUCAAACUUUUCUCCACUGACUCAAACACUUUUCUAUUUAUUGUUUGAGGGGAAACUUUGACACAUGGUACUUUGAGAAAUGGUCCAACUGUAACAUCUGCUAACUGGCUCAUUGAAGGAAACCAGCUGAUAUUUGGCAUCAUUCUCUCCUGCUGGAGAAACUGUGCAUCACACUAGUUUCCACAUUAGUCUUACACAACUAUUCAUGAUACCACUGUAGUUCCACACUGUUCAAUUGUAGCUGUGGCCACAUUUUUUUCCCACUUUUUACUUAGUUGAUAUUUACUGAAAGUGACUGUCACACAAACGGGGUUAAACACUAUUUUUGUUUGCACCCAAAAUGUCUAUUUUAAUUGAGAAUGUACGGGGUGUUUCUUAAAUCAAAUGGCUGUCGGUACUCAUUUGAGUCUGUAACAGGACAUUUAGCUGCUAAGUAACAAAAUGCAGACUUAGUAUUUUAGCUUUUCAUAUGUUUUGAAUUUGUAGAUUAAGUGUUCAAUUAAAUCAAAUGACUACUUCA